CUAACCACACGUGAUGGUGGACCAAUUAUAUCAAAGCACUGAGUACUAUUCUAUCUUCCGGUGACUGCUUUUCUUCCUUUCCGAAAAAUUCAGCGUGACCGACGUUUCGUGUCUCUUCAGACUUAAAAAAUGCGUUACGUGGCCGCUUACCUCCUGGCUGUGCUUGGUGGAAACACCAGCCCCUCUUCCAAAGACAUCAAGAACAUUCUGGGGAGUGUUGGAAUUGAGGCUGAAUCUGAGCGCCUGGACAAGGUUGUCAAUGAAUUGAGUGGAAAAAACAUCAAUGAUGUCAUGAACUCCGGCCUCUCCAAGUUGGCCUCCGUGCCAUCGGGUGGUGCUGUAGCUGCUCCUGCUGCUUCUGCAGCCGGUGCUGCUCCUGCUGCUGCCGAAGAGAAGAAGGAGGAAAAGAAAGAGGAAUCUGAAGAAGGAUCUGACGACGAUAUGGGAUUCGGUCUCUUUGAUUAAAUUCUACCCUGAGGGGUGUUUGGGGGGGGGAAUGAAGACAUUAAAGUAGUUAAACAAAUCUG